AUGAGUUCAGAAGCAUCCUCAAGCAACAACCCACCACCACCACCACCACCACUACCACAAAACCCAGUCACCCACCACUUCCCUUGUGGCACCAUAAUAGACUUGCUCAAAUUCGAGUGGGCUGCGCUGAUUUUGAUGGAAUAUGAUGAUCAGCGCAGUCUCGAAUUUGUUCGUGAAGGAACGUUCGUUGUUAAGCUGAUCUUGCAAACCGUAAAUCCCAUUUUCGUUGCUGCCUGCAUAGUUGGGAAUCAUCGAUGGCCCAUUACAAAGGACUCCCCUGUAAUUCGGUUCAGCCGAAGGACCUUUGUGUUCGGAAUUCCAGGGGUCCUGUACGGCCUAAGACUUGCCCCAGACUGUGAAGAAGAAAAGGUGAACAUGCUUGUAAGGGUUUUUAUGGACUACGCUGACUACGAGGAUGUCAGUCAGAAUAUCACUGGUAUACCAUGGCCAGACCCGGAGAGUGAGCAAGCUUUCUGGCCAAAAUCACUGCCUCGAAUUGAAGCCAUUAUUCAUUCAAAACUCGCAGCAUUUGGUCACAUUCCUGGUAGAUCACUUUCUGCUGUGGGAGACGAGAGCCCAUGCUUACUGAGGGCAAUCCGAUUGUCGUCUGUAAUAGGCUUAGUUUCUAACGUAAUGCUCUCAGGAGAGUUGAAUCCCGCGCACACUCAAAUCUACAAUAGCAAGCUGAGGCCAAGCCUGCAUAACUACAACGAAAUCCAUGGUCAGCGGGCGUUCCCGUCGAUGACUUUAUUUACCAAAAUCGUCGAUGCUGUUGAGACCAUUUUGGUCAUAGCCGCCGGUGAUGUCCGCUUGCUGAAGACUCAGUAUCCUGUUUUGGCAAAGCCCUACAGGUUCAAGCUGUGGAGCUUUAACAAAGAAGGGGUUGCCUUUCUCUUGAAGUUAUCUUGGGAAAUGGAAAAAGCUCAAGACCAGAAUGAGGAUGGGAGUGAAAGUGAUGGGUCAGAGGAAGUAGAUGAUAGUAAUAAUACACAUAGUGGGGGCUCAAUGCGCUCGCAAGAGAUUGAAUAUCUGAUAAAUAUGACGGAGAGGUGGUGAAGGGGUUGAUCAUAGUAAAUGAUCACCAAGCAAGCUAUGAGUGCCUUUAGGAAUAAUGAAGGUACAUUGGUAAUGGUCAUGGUUUGUUUAUCUUUCAGGGGUUUGUGUCUGUUGGGGUUUUCUGAACACGGAAUACUCUAACUAUUGUUGUUUUUCUUUCUUGUAUGGGUCUAUUUUAGUAGCUAAAAUUUCCAGUUUCUUCCUAGGUAUGUCAGCUCCUUUGAUGCUAAGGUUCUAUGGUGGAGCCUAUGUGACGAGGUUGUAUGUAUGUCUGUCUUAAAUCUUAAUGUUAUCAUCUUUAAUAAUGUUGUGAGUUCUUCUCUUUCCAUUCUCAUG